AAGACAUGUGAGGGAGCAGAAGACGAAGCUGUUCGCGCUUAAAAGGCAAACAAGAAAUAGCCUUAUCUUCAUCACAAGCGAAAGCAGCAGCUGUAGAAAAGAUGACGAGCCUCUCAAUUUCGAGCGUGAUUUUCCCGGCCAAAUCAAACCUCGCAAAACCACUCUCACCAUCUACAUUCCAUGGCGUUCGCGUCGCGCACCUUUGCCCCACGCACCGUGCCGCCGUCUCGUGGAGCCGGGCCGCUUCCCCAUCCUCUUCGUCGGUGGUGAUGAUGGCAAAGAAAGAGGAGGAGCUCAAGGAGAUCAGGGAGAAGUCGACCGAGCAGCUGAAUGAAGAGAUUGUCGACCUUAAAGGCGAGCUUUUCAUGCUCCGCCUCCAGCGCUCGGCGCGAAAUGAGUUCAAGUCUAGCGAGUUUCGCCGAAUGCGGAAAAGGAUAGCCCGAAUGCUCACAGUGAAGAGGGAGAGGGAGUUGGAGGAAGGAAUCAACAAGAGGUUGUCAAGAAAGCUUGACAGGAAAUGGAAGAACAGCAUUGUCCCUAGGCCACCUCCGUCUCUGAAGAAAUUACAAGAAGAGGAGGCAGCAGAAGAAGCUAAGGAGUCAGCGUGAGUUUUGCUAGGCCUUUUUAUGGCAACUUUGCUCAUUUUUUUUUCAUUUAAUUCUUUCUAGUUUCUGCCCACUCCUACUGAUAUAUGCCAAAGUUAUAUGGAGAAUCGAAGCUGUGUAUUGUACCUUUAGCUACUUCCAGUUUCGUUAAUUUGAAAUAUUUGUGUUUGGGGCAGAAUCUGAAACAGAUUGUGUAGAUGAAGAACUACAUAAUGCUAGAGUUUAUGAUUGAAAUGAA